AUGACACGGACCAGGCGGCGCGAGGCGGGCCGCGAACGGCUGCUGGCCCGCGAGCCCGAGCGGGAGGAACGAGCGUUUUGGAGCCGGCUGAAGGUGCUGCCCCCUCCAGUGCCCCGCGUGGCCGCGAAGCUGCUGCCUCUGGACGGAGCUCGCACCCGGCGCGCCGCGGCUGGCGUGUUUCCCGGGCUUUGUCUCCCGCCCCGCGCCCCGGCGUGCCUCUCUGCACGCUGGCCCUAUUUUGACCUCUGGUCUGGGCGAGCUGGGCACCUAGAGAAGUGUCUGCCUUCCUCCUCUCACAGCAGUAGCUCCCCAGAGUGUGAAGGAUCCAACAUCUGUACCACGCGAGGUGUGAGCUCUUGUCAGCAGUGCCUGGCUGUGAGUCCUGCGUGUGCCUGGUGUUCAGAUGAGGACCUGCCUCUGGGCUCACCGCGCUGUAACCUGAGGGAAAAUCUGCUGGCGGAUAACUGUGCUCCGGAGUCCAUUGAGUUCCCGGUCAGUGAGGUCCAGGUCUUGGAAGCCAGGCCGCUCAGCAGCAAGGGCUCGGGAGACAGCUCUCAGAUUACUCAAGUCAGUCCGCAGAGAAUUGCUGUCCGGUUACGGCCAGAUGAUGCGAAGCAGUUCUCUGUCCGUGUGCGGCAGGUGGAGGACUACCCCGUGGACAUCUAUUACCUCAUGGACUUGUCCUACUCCAUGAAGGACGACCUGCGGAGCAUUCAGAAUCUGGGCACCAAGCUGGCCUCUGAGAUGCGCAAGCUUACCAGCAACCUGCGGAUCGGCUUCGGGGCCUUCGUGGACAAACCCGUGUCCCCGUACAUGUACAUCUCCCCGCCGGAAGCCCUUACCAACCCCUGCUAUGAUAUGAAGAUCCCGUGUUUGCCCAUGUUUGGCUACAAGCAUGUGCUGACACUGACUGACCAGAUGAACCGCUUCAAUGAGGAGGUGAGGAGACAGAGCGUGUCACGGAACCGGGAUGCCCCGGAGGGUGGCUUCGAUGCCAUCAUGCAGGCUACAGUCUGUGAGGAAAAGAUUGGCUGGAGGAACGAUGCGUCACACCUGCUGGUGUUCACUACUGAUGCCAAGACCCAUAUAGCGCUGGAUGGCCGGCUGGCCGGCAUUGUCCAGCCCAAUGACGGGGAGUGUCACAUUGGCAGUGACAAUCAUUACUCUGCCUCCACUACCAUGGAUUACCCCUCUCUGGGGCUGAUGACUGAGAAGCUAUCUCAGAAUAACAUCAAUUUGAUCUUUGCAGUGACUGAAAAUGUAGUGAGGCUCUACCAGAACUAUAGUGAGCUCAUCCCGGGGACCACAGUGGGGGUGCUCUCUGCGGAUUCCAGCAAUGUCCUCCAGCUCAUCGUUAAUGCUUACGGGAAAAUCCGUUCUAAAGUAGAGCUGGAAGUACGUGACCUCCCUGAAGAGUUGUCUCUGUCCUUCAACGCCACCUGCCUCAACAAUGAAGUCAUUCCAGGCCUCAAGUCUUGUGUGGGGCUCAAGAUUGGCGACACGGUGAGCUUCAGCAUUGAGGCCAAGGUGCGUGGCUGUCCGCAGGAGAAGGAGAAGGUCUUCACCAUCAAGCCCGUGGGCUUCAAGGACAGCCUCACCGUCCAGGUCACUUUCGACUGCGACUGCGCCUGCCAGGCCUACGCUGAGCCUUCCAGCCACCGCUGCAACCGUGGCAAUGGCACCUUCGAGUGUGGGGUGUGCCACUGCGGGCCCGGCUGGCUGGGGGCCCAGUGCGAGUGCUCCGAGGAGGACUAUCGGCCCGCUCAGCAGGACGAGUGCAGCCCCCGGGAGGGCCAGCCCGCGUGCAGCCAGCGGGGCGAGUGCCUCUGUGGCCAGUGCCUCUGCCACAGCAGUGACUUCGGCAAGAUCACCGGCAAGUACUGUGAGUGCGAUGACUUCUCCUGCGUCCGCUACAAGGGCGAGAUGUGCUCAGGCCAUGGCCAGUGCAGCUGCGGGGACUGCCUGUGUGAUUCUGACUGGACUGGCUACUACUGCAAUUGCACCACGCGCACGGACACCUGCAUGUCCAGCAACGGGCUGCUGUGCAGCGGCCGGGGCAAGUGCGAGUGCGGCAGCUGCGUCUGCAUCCAGCCAGGAUCUUAUGGGGACACCUGUGAGAAGUGUCCCACCUGCCCGGAUGCCUGCACCUUUAAGAAGGAGUGUGUGGAGUGUAAGAAGUUUGAUCGCGGAAUCCUCCACGAGGAAAACACCUGUAGCCGCUACUGCCGUGAUGAGAUUGAGCCUGUGAAAGAGCUGAAGGACUCUGGCAGAGAUGCGGUGAAUUGUACCUACAAGAAUGAGGAUGACUGUGUUGUCAGAUUCCAGUACUACGAAGACUCCAGUGGCAAGUCCAUCCUGUCCGUGGUAGAGGAGCCAGAGUGUCCCCAGGGCCCUGACACCCUGGUGGCCCUGCUGUCGGGGAUGGGGGCCAUUCUGCUCACCGGCCUUGCCAGCCUGCUCAUCUGGAAGCUCCUCGUCACCAUCCACGACCGGAAGGAAUUUGCCAAGUUUGAGGAAGAACGAGCCAGAGCGAAGUGGGACACGGCCAACAACCCACUCUAUAAAGAAGCCACAUCCACCUUCACCAAUAUCACCUACCGGGGCACCUAACGGCAAGAAGUCAUCCUCAGAUCAUUAGCAGACUAUGCCAGGAUGGCAGGAGUCUGUGCCAUUGUGUUUACAGAGGACAGUAUUGGGGGUGGGACUUGGGACCAGGAGUGGGGUGGGCUGGGAGAAUGUGGUGGAAGUGUGGGGCUCUAUGCUUGUGUGUGGUUAGUGUGUGUGUUCCGUGUGGGGAAACGUGUAAUUUAAAACUUGUGAUGUGUCCCCAGAAGCAGAGCUCCGCCUGCUUUUGUCUUCAGAGUGCCUUUGUCCUCAGAAUGCCCCCUGCUGGGAUUUUUCCUGCUCAGGUUGAGGAUGAUCUGUGGAGCUGAGCAGGUGUUCUUUUUGUUACCUCAGUGAGAGACCAGCUUUCCCUGUCAGGCCAUUGUCCCUGAAGAACAGGACAGGGCUGAGGUCUCUAUACCCAGAGGAAGGUACAGUAAGCCUGGGCUCCAUCCUGGGUGUGUAAUUUCAUGGUUUUGGGGUCCAGCUCUUGCCAUCUAUGCUAGGAACUGCUGGAGGUGGCAGCCCUCUGUCUCCUUUCUCUUCUCUCAGGCUGAAGGGUGAGUCAGGGAAGAGUGGAACCCUCAGAGCUGCCUGUGCCUCUUGCCCUGCUUCAGCCCAGCUGUGGUUCUCUCAUAAAAGGAGUUGUUAAUACCUAAUUCUUUGACCCAUUGAGAGGUUGGCAGGGCUGCUCUGGGGUCAUGCAUGGCCUGGGGUGUGUGUUAGCAUCCUCUAGUUCAUAUCCGCUACCCUCAGAUUUGCAUCACUUGGCAGCUCUCCCCUCGAAGUUUCUAGAAGUGUCAGCCUUAGAGUAGCACCAUCUCUUUACCUCCUACUUCCAUGCCUUGACUGCUGCAGACAUUUGCUAUGUAUGGGGAUUCCUUUCGUGCCUUAAGUGCUGUUCCUCCAAGGGACAGUGCCCAGGUCUCUCCCCUGCAGACCUACCCUUGUCCCAGGUACCUCUCCAACCUAAUUCUGGGCCUCUGGGUGCCACAUCCUUCCUUGAGGGUGGUUGCAUUUACCUACCUCUUGGGUGUUUUGUGAAGAAGUCAUUGUCAUGAGUUUGCUGAGCAUAAAUAAGCCAGGACGGACUUGGCCUAAUUACAUCAGCAUGUGUAGCUUGUUCUAUGGGCUGGACAACCUCAUUUUAAUGUCUUUAAUCUGAGAGGCCAUAGGAGCAAGUUUACUUCAUUUUUCUCACUCGGGUACCUGAAGCUAUAAUGAGGUUUGCUGGACCUAAAGGAACAUGUACAUAAACAUUCUUAUAUUGCAUUUGUAAUUUUAUUUGAUGAGAAAGAAAGCUUGAAAAACCACACAGACUUGGACAGAAGGCAGACAUCCCUCCUGGGCAUUAUGGCAAGCUGAUUCCCAGUUGCUGGGCUGGAGGGGCCUGUGUCUCCCUGGUAGUCUGUGGUGGUGGACAUAUGGAUGUGCCAGAUUUUCCUGAAGGGGACAGACUCUUCUUUUUGUCCCACAAAGAGCAUUUGCUCCUGUUUUGCUGACUUUUUAGCUAAUGUUAAAAACCAAGCCCCACCACCCAAGGAAAAGGAAAGAUCUAGAAGUGAUGAUUGGAAAAUCAGAGUUCUGGCCUCGAUGUUGCAGCUUAAAGAAUCUUUACUAUCAAUUUAAAAAAGUUGCUUUUC